UGUACAGCAUUUAAAUAUAUUUUGUCUGUGUUGCAGUUAUGGCGUCAUGCAGUCAGUGCUGUUGGCUUCCUCGAUCAUUCUUCUCUACUGGACCAUCGCCUCCACUCAGUCACAUGACCCCACCAACUUCUCUCAAUGCUACAGGGUCAAAAGAGACCUGGCUCCAGGCUCCAAAGAUCAGGCAGAUAAAACAUUAAAUACUGUAAAAGACUCUCUGUCUGUAUUUAAAGAUGUGAUGGAGAAGAUCGACACCAAAAAGGUGUCAGCUGUGAUGCAGGGUCUCGCCAGCUUUGCCAGCGUGGCGCCUGGCAUUGGAGGUCUGGUCUCCUCUGUCAUAAACAUGGUGCUGGUCUUCAUCCCGCGAGAUGACCUGGUGCUGAUUGAGGUGAAGAAAGGGUUUGCUGAGGUGAACAGGAAGUUGGACUCUCUCUCCGUCCAGCUGUCCAGCCUGACAGCAGACGUGGAGUGGUUCAACUACGCCAGCGUCUAUUCUCAAGACGAGAUGCGCAUCGUCAACGCCUGGAAGAAGUUCAAUGAGUUUCGUGAGAACAGUGAGUUGGUACAAAGUCAGGAGGACAAACUCCGACUAGCAGAAAUAUUCACUAACUACUUUGAGAACACGGCAACUGAGCCCAGUGUGGCCAACCUCUACCAUUACCUGACGGUCAACAGCACGUCUCUCAGUGGAAACCUCAACGACCUGCUGAGGCAGAAGUUUAAAUGUGACAUCGGUGAGAUCGCUAAAUAUAACUUCUAUUUCAGCAGCUUGCUGUGGAAGGGGAUGGUGCUCAACCAGCUCUACUGGAGUCUGAUCGGCUUCAACUCAUCAGGCAAAGAGGCCCAACACACCCAGAUGUUCAAGGAUGUCUCCAGAGCGCAGUUAUCAGCGGUGGAGUUCUGCCUCGACAACUAUGAGCAGUACAUGAAGGAGGACGUGGUGAAGAUCAGCAAAGAACUCAGUCCUGAUAACAAACAAGACAUCGCUGAGAAGGUGAAAAAGGCUCUAUAUGAGAAGUACAACUGGUACAGCUGGAUGGUGCUGGUGUACGACACUAACAGAGAGAAAAACUUUAUCCUUUUUGAUGUGACUAAGAUCCCUGUGGGGGAGAUCACUGUGGCUGUGGGCUACACUCUGAUAGCGGAUGAGACACUGAGCCAAGAUCUGAAGGAUCUCGCCGACAUCUGCUUGAAAGGUAGAGACUGUGAGAAAAUGUCAGAGUUAGUACCACAAUGCUCUGUAGAAAUAGCACAAGGGGUAUUACUACAACUCAAUAAAUAUGUCAAGGUGACACAUGUCUCCUAUGGGGAAGACUUUGCUCAAGUCCCACAACCUUUUCAUCCAGUUGAAUGUCAGUGGGGUCGCAGUACAAGUAAAAUUUCCAUGUAUUACUCCCGCAAAGUGUCUGUCUGCGGCCCUGACACAUGUAAGAACGGUGGAGAGUGUAAGAGGCUGCUGGACUCCAAUGAGAGGUUUUGUAUAUGCCCAGAUGGUUACUGUGGAGACACAUGUGAAGAGAAUUCAGACACUAGCAAAGCCCCAACUACACAUAUACACCAACCUGUCCCUGACAUCACCACCAUUAACACCAAACUGAACAUGAUUGAGUCCAAACUGCAGGAGAUUCUCACCAGUAUCAAUGAGAGAUGUCCUGCUCAGCAGCAGAUACCUGCAGACCGCUGA